ACGUCAUCACGCCACGCGCCAAAUUCGUAUCGGGUGGAAGGCGCAACGGAAGCUAAGCAACGGUGUAUUUUAAAUAGUUUUAUCUGUCAAUUUGAAACACUUUUGUUGGAGAUUUUAGUCCUCAAUAUGUCUCAGAAAGCAGGCUAUUCACCCAGCUUCAAGCGACCCUCGGAAAUCAUGCGAAUGAGGAGGAAAAAAGCCCGAAGCAUCGCCGGUGUCUCCCCCUGCCCGAGCGGCCAGGACUCUACAGACAGUCCGGGACAAAGCAGCUCCUCCCCGGCCUGUGUUCGGCCUUUCUCUCCGGGGCCGCUCUUCAACAGCCAGAACCGCUCCGGAGGCGGGACAAAACGCAGAAACCCGUUCGCAAAUAUCGAAAACACGUACAGCCCCAACAAGAAGUUUAUAAUUCAUAACGAUGACGGGAAUAUUGAGGCUUUAAAUACACGGAGAGACAACGAGGAAGACAUGUCAACAAAGACUGACUGUCAGGGAGUUUUUUCUUUCAGUUCGAGUCUGACCGAGGCCGAGAAACGGGAGCGAGGAGAGAUUUCCAGCAAGAAGUGUCUGACUUUCUCUGAGGAUGACUCUCUGUUUGAAGAAGAGGAGGAAAAUGCUAAAAGUCCACUUUUGAAGAGUCCCCAGGCCAUCGCUCCUGCUUCUAUCGCUCCUCCCGUGUGUACAGAGUUUCCAGCAGACUGGAGCCUGAAGACUCGCCUCCUCUUCACGUCUCCCCUCACCUUGUCAUGGUCCGAGCAGCCUAAAGCGCAGGAGGAGGCCCUGGGGCUCAGCCAGCACUGCAGAGCGCAGUUUAUUCCCCUGCCUCACAGUCUACAGGAUCCCAGGUCCUGCCCAGACCUUCGUUGUGCCUUCCAGCAGAGUCUGGUGUACUGGCAGCAUCCGUCUCUGCCCUGGAUCCCUCUGUUCCCCAGGAUCAAUGUUGAGAGGAACUUCAAGGGGAAGAGCACCCCCUGGGCACAAGACGUGUCACUGCAGCAGAGUCUAAUGAGUGAAUGGUCAGUCAGUCUGUCAUCUCUCUACGGUCUCCUGAAGGCCAGACUGUGUCCUUAUUUCUACCUCUGCUCCUAUCAGUUUACAGUUUUAUUCAGAGCAGCAGGUCUCGGUGGUUCCAACACCAUCACAGCACUGAUUUCUCCAACAACUCGAGGUAUCAGGGAGGCGAUGAAGGCUGAAGGUAUAGAGUUCAGUCUCCCUCUAGUGGAGGAGAGACGGAGGAGCAAGGGCCAGCAGAACGUGGCUGAACAGCAAGGAGAGGAGCAGGAUUUGAAGGAGUGCUCUGAGCUGACAGAAGGCGUGGACUAUCCGGCAGGUGACGAGGGGGAAAAUGACGCAGACAACGAUGAAGACAGCAGCUUCUCCUGGCUGAAGGAGAUGGGAAUCCAGGACAAAAUCAAGAAGCACGACAACAUCAUCAUACAACUUCGUAAAGAGGGACACGCUGUGUCUCUGGACCAUAAACCAGAGUCUGUGGUGUGUGUGGAGGGACCUCACACUUUCACCCUCAUCAACUUCCUCAUUAACUGUAAGAGUCUUGUGGCUGCAGCAGGUUCCCAGGCCGGGUUACCACCAACACUGCUGGCUCCUGUCGCUUUCAGGGGAGCAACAGUGCAAACACUGAAGGCCCGCAGUGUGAACGUGAAGAGCCAGGUCGGUUCUAGCUUCCAGAACAUCAGCAGUCUGGAGAUCACAGGACCCAUCCUCCCCUCCUCUCUGCACACCAUCACAACCCUUCUUCGACCCUCACAGAAAGGAAACUUCUCUGCUACACUUUACACGCACGCACCCACUGCUGUCAUGAACACGCAUACCAGCACGCAGCAGUGUACCGGGGGAUCGGUCGACUUGUCCGGUUGCGGUCUCCAUCCUGCCUCCGUCCAGCAGCUGCAGCAGCCGUCCAGCCUGGGUAAGAGUGCGCUGACACACAUCAACAUGAACAACUACAGCUACACAUGGAAGAACUGAAGCUGAGUGGACAAUGCACAUAAGUUAUCGUCGGUCAAACUUGUUGUGUUCAGAUCAGAGAACAGGCAACCCCAUUUUAAAAUGUCUUUUAAAACAGAUUUUAUUGCAUUAUAUAUUUUUAUUUUUAAGGUCUUUUAAAUGAAUUGUUCGGAGGAUGAGUUUGUUUUAAAUUUUGUUUUAAUUUUGAGGAAGAAUUGAUAAAAAUGUAUGUUGGUGUGGUGUGACGUUGUGAGUUGUGUUCAGGACUUGAUCGCUUAGGUAAUAAAGUCAUUCUCUGUGAAAUGUAGUGUUCAAGGCAUAGUUCAUGGAACUAAUGACAAAUAAAUGCAUUAUUAUGAUUGAUUUAUUCAUUUGCUCUCUAUUGUUUAUGUAUUGAGGAUUGCAGGGAGAGUUGGCGUCUGUAUUGUAAUAUGUCAACAAUAACCUAUGCAGCGCGUUAGCAUUGAAACAACAGCAGUGAUGUGGCCUUUUCCUUGAAAAUGUGAGUCGUGAAGUUAUAUAGUUAUUGGAAAAAGGGAGGCUGGCCUGUAUGAACCCGUUUUAAUGAAAAUCAGCUGCGUUAAAAUAACACACACAACAUUGUAAAGAGUUACGAGUUCCCACAGCAGUGAUAUAAGUUGACAGGGAAACUCCUGUCUUGCUUCCCUGGUGGAAAGUCCUCGAUGUCACAACAUUUCUGAGCGGCGGUGGCGCAAACAAACGUUUUCUCUCAGCAGAGGUGAUGGUCAUUCCUGUCCGUGUGCGGGAAGCUUUGUAAGUUCUGGUUUUAAAAUGUCUAAUAAAGGUGAAUGAGUUGUUCCUCCAUAUUCAAAAGCAUGUUAAAAAGAAGAAGGUGCGCCUUCAUUUUGCUGACCCUCUGAAGCAGUCAUACAUCGCCUCUGCUGCAACGUGACUGAACAACAUGAAGCAUGUCGAUUGAGGAAGAGGAAGCAGUAUUGAAGGAAACGGGAACAGAUGUUUGAGCAGUUGCAUCACCGAACUGACUGAAGGCAAAUAUGAAUUAUCUUCUAUCUUGUGUUUACGGUGACGUAACAUAGAUACUGCACUUUUUUUUUUUGGACAAUAAAACACAUUUCAACACCAAAAUAAACCAAGUUUGCGCUUGACGUGACCGGACAUUCAGUCGCUUCCGUUUCCGGUCAGUUCCGACCAAUCACAGGGCGUCGUGAUUUGCCGUGAAGUAAGAUUAGUUUGGGGAAAUCCAGAUUAAGACGGAUCAUCUGAGAGAAAGACUAAAAAUGAGAGCUGCUGUGUGUGCCACCCUGCUCUUGCUGGCUCUAUUACAUCAAGGCGAGGCCCUGACGUGUAACUACUGCAAGUCGAGGGGGGGAGGUCUCUGCACUCCUACCACGACAAAGAGCUGUUCACAAUUCGGUGCCUGUAUGGCUGUCGUGUAUCCAAGUCGAAUAAGAUCUUCGGUCCGUACGUGCGUGAAUAAAAUCGUCUGUCGAGCCUUCAGCAAGAUUGGCACAUGCUGCUAUACUGACCUCUGCAACUGAGCCAUUUCUGCUGCUCCAUUGCUUCAUUUUGUUCAAUUCUAGCGCAAUUAAAAAGUGUAAUGAUGUAA